UUUGCAGCCUGGGAUCCUCCUGCCUCCUGGGCUCCUGGUCCAGGAUGUGUUUCCCUGACCACAGGAUGUGUGACCGGAAUGGUGGGCGGCGCCUCCGGCAGUGGCUGAUUGAGCAAAUCGACAGCAGUAUGUACCCAGGGCUGAUCUGGGAAAACGACCAGAAGACAAUGUUCCGCAUUCCCUGGAAACACGCUGGCAAGCAGGAUUACAACCAGGAAGUGGAUGCCUCUAUCUUCAAGGCCUGGGCAGUUUUUAAAGGGAAGUUUAAAGAGGGAGAUAAGGCUGAGCCAGCCACUUGGAAGACGAGGCUACGCUGUGCUCUGAACAAGAGCCCGGACUUUGAGGAAGUGACUGACAGAUCCCAGCUGGACAUUUCGGAGCCCUACAAAGUUUACCGAAUCGUCCCUGAGGAAGAGCAAAAAUGCAAGCUGGGUAUGGCACCUGGAGGCUGCUUGAGUGAUGUCACAGAGAUGGAGUGCGGCCGCUCUGAGCUCGACGACCUAAUCAAGGAGGUGAGGGGAACCCCACCCAGCAGCUUUCAGGGAACAGUAGGCAUGCCCCCUACAGGCAUCUGGGGGGGUGACACUGCGGCCUCAAGCCACAUAGGAAUGUGCUCUCCGCUUCCUUCUGCAGGCCUGCCACUGCUGACCGGGUACGCCUCCUACGACACACACCAUUCAGGUUUCUACCAGAUGGUGAUCAGUUUCUAUUACGGGGGCAAACUGGCUGGCCAGACCACCACCACCUGCCCCGAGGGCUGCCGCCUGGUGCUCAGCCAGCCGGGACUGCCCAAGCUCUGCGGCCCCGACGGCCUGGAGCUGGUGAGCUUCCCCACGGCCGACAUCAUUCCCAGCGAGCGGCAGAGGCAGGUGACCCGAAAGCUGUUCGGGCACCUGGAGCGAGGCGUGCUCCUGCACAGCAGCCGUAAGGGCGUGUUCGUGAAGCGGCUCUGCCAGGGCCGUGUGUUCUGCAGUGGCAACGCCGUGGUGUGCAGGGGCCGGCCCAACAAGCUGGAGCGUGAGGAGGUGGUGCAGGUCUUUGACACCAGCCAGUUCUUCCGAGAGCUACAGCAGUUCUACGCCACCCGGAGUCACCUUCCUGACAACAGGGUGGUGCUGUGCUUCGGAGAAGAGUAUCCGGACACUGCACCCUUGCGCUCCAAACUCAUCCUUGUGCAGGUGGAGCAGCUGUAUGCCAGGCAGUUGGUAGAGGAGGCGGGGAAGAGCUGCGGUGCUGGGCCCCUGAUGCCAGUGCCCGAGGAGCCCCAGCCAGACCAAGCCUUCCGGAUGUUUUCAGAUAUCUGUGCUUCACACCAGAGACCGUUUUUCAGAGAAAACCAACAGAUCACCGUCUGAGCGUCUUUCCCACGCACCCCACCCCGAGAGACUUCAAGCAUCACGAUCGAUUCUUUGUCAGACUUCGGAGACAAAUGUGGACCAGACUGCCCAGGGUCCCUGCCCUCGCUCCUUGAUUCAGUCGGAGCAUCCUUUGGGGGCCCCCAAGUGGGGCCAGAGUUCUGGGCAGGUGCAAAUGUGGAAGCUUUCCAGUGCUGUGGUCAGAGCCUGUGAUCAAAAGUUUAAUUUUUGCAUUUUCUUCUUUAUCGUUAGUGCCCGUGAUUCUUGCUUUGUGUGGAGUUGUGCCACUUUGGGAGUGUGAAAUCAGCCCGUGACAACGAAACUGCCUUUUUCCUCUCUGCCUAGAGCUGGGCGUUUCUGACUCCCCGUGCUUGAUUCUACACGAAGUGUCCUUUAACUGUCCAGCCUUUAGAUAAGAUUAAAAAGAGCUAGCUCCGAGCUUCCCUCUUGGAGGUGUGAGUCCAACUGGUGGCCUCAGGAGAAUGUGCUGUUUCUCCUGGGGUCAGGGGCUGGGAGGCCACGCACAUAGCCAGGCACACCAGUGUGGGAUCGAUUCCUCAGACGGCGCAGGCUUCUCUUUUGGAGGAAGCUGAGAAAUAAAAAAAUUACAUAUAUUUGUUUCUGUAGUGAAAUCAUCCCAGGAGCCCUUUCUAAGUUGUCCUGACCCACUUUAACAAUAUUUGUAUUUUCAUGUGCCCUGUUGUAAAUCGCUUUGGACCUUUUUCUGUCAAGUGAGUGGAUGUAAUUACAAGUGCAGACACUUGGUGGAUUGCACAUGUAUUUGAUUGUGGCUCAGUUCAGUGGCCAGUCCUAUGAUUCAGCAAAAAUCAGAGUUGAAGGGAGAGUCUGAGCAUAGAUUUGGCAGAGCUCACUCCACUGACCAGCAGAAAAGGCCCAUUUCCCACUCAGCACAGAGCAGCGUACCUGUCUAUAAUGGACUCUGACCGAAGAGUGGGGGGAGGUACUUAGGGCUGUUUAUGUCCCUGGCUGUCCAUUUGGGUUCUAAGGAGUUUAAGUCGCUUUUAACCUGUGAUUAGGAAACGUUUUAAGAGCUGAGUGUUGCAGGCACCUGGGAACAGCUGUGGGUCUCGAGCAGUCGGUGCAGGCAUCAGCUUGGCAGAAGUUGGGCUGCAGGGUGCAGGGGGUCACCUCCAGGACAGCUGCCCAGGGCGAGCUGAAGCUAGUGAGUUUAUUUGGCCAUCAGAGCUCAGCAGGCACCCAUGCCCAGUGGGUGGGGCACAGGGAGCAUCUUCCCUCUACCCCAUCCUGGAAAAAGGGGGGAGGGAAGGAGAGAGAGCGAGCGAGAGAGAGCACAAGAGAGCUUUAUUUCUCCUCUGCAACCUGCCCUGGUAGUCCUGCCUGAUGUGCCCAGAGCCCCACAGUGAAGGGCAGGCCAGGUCUUCCCUGUUCCCUGUGGGUCUUAGAUGUAGGAAGGUGCCAGGGUUUGGGAGACAGACACAAUUAACCAAUGGCUCCACAGGCCAUGGCUUUUGACCUGGAAAGCCAAAGACCAUGAGCUACUUAUGGCUAUCCUGAAAAGAUGGAGGUGGAUCAGGAGAAAAGACAGCCGCCAGAGUGUGCAAAUACGGAAACCCUGGACUGGCUUUUCUCCUGGGCCUGUUUGCUGAGUGCUUGUCAGAGGUGAUUUCCUGCCCCAGUGAAUGUUAAACCAGACCUGUAAUAUGUCUAGUGAAUAUUUAUUUUUGUAUCCUUUUAAAAGUUGAUCUUAUUCUUUAUUAAA